AUCAUGUUUAUCCUUACUACGAUCUCCGAUCUGAUACAGAUCUCCCCGGAGGAUUUCUCCAAAUAUAGCGCUGUGGCUCUUGAGGAUAACAUCAACGAGAAAUAUGCCAACAAGGUCAUCCAAAAAAUCGGCCUAUGCAUCGGGUUCUACGACCUACUCGAGUCGUCCGAUGGUCUGAUCGGCCAUGGCACCGGGCUGGUCAAUGUGAACGUCAAAUUCCGCCUGAUUGUUUUCCGCCCGUUCAAGGGGGAGAUCGUGCUGGGCAAGAUUUCCAGUGCUACCGAGCACGGCAUCAAAAUUGCCGUCGAGUUCUUCAACGAUAUCCUUGUGCCCCCGGACCUUCUGCUGGAUGGCGCCCGGUUCGACUACGCCGACCAGGUUUGGAUCUGGGAGAAUGAAGACGGCUCCACAUUCUACUUUGAUGUCGGAGAAAUCGUCCGGUUCCGGGUUGAGAUGGAAGAAUGGCACGAUCAGAUCCCCAAUGCCCCCGAUCUUGGGGAUGGCGCUACGAUUGAGCGCAAGGCGCCGUAUUCUAUUAUAGGAUCUAUGCAAAUGGCUGGGUUGGGACCUACGUCAUGGUGGUGAUUGAUGGCUGUGGGUUUGUUUAUUGCACAGGAUGAUAGAAUUUUUGUAUGUGGGGUUGGAUAUACCACGCUGGGAUGUAUAUUAUUUUUUCUUAAAAAG